UUAUCCUCCCUCCAAAACGACACUGUUUUAAAUGUAAGCUUCUUAGAUACGCCUAGGUAGGGACACGUUCCGAAGGAGCCAGACUUGGAGAAUUUGAAAUUUUUAACUUAACGGCUCUCACUCACUUUCAUUUCUCUCUCUUUAUCUCCCAAACCUUAAGAGAAAGGAAACAAAAAUCUUCAAAUUCAAACGUUUUUUUUUCCCUUUUCUAGAGAGAUUCCCUGUGGUUCUAUUCGAUUCGAUCGGUGAGAAGAUCUAGGGUUAAGUUAUGGAGACUAAAAUGAAGAGCCAUGGCCGGAAAGUGGUCCGGGUGGUGGCUAGGGUCAAGCCAUCGACGGAUCUGGUAUCAACGAGAUCAAUAUCGGUUCACAAGCCGAUGGGUGAAGAUUCAGAGACUGUUUCGAUUUCGUUUGGAGCUCAAUUCGCUGGUUCGAAAGAUUCAUAUAAAUUGGACUAUUGCUAUGAAGAAAAUGAAACCACUGGUUCAAUUCUCACAAAGGAGAUAAAGCCUCUUAUCUCUACUGUCUUUGAGGGUAAAGAUGCGAAUGUCAUAGCCCAAGGAGCUAGAAAUGGCGGAAAAACACAUCUAAUACAGGGAAAUGAGAGGGAGCUUGGUUUAACUGUUCUUACAAUGUCUGAGAUGCUAUCCAUGGCUGAGGAAAGAGGAGACUCAGUUUCUGUAUCAGUUUACGAGGUUUCUCAAGAAACCGUGUAUGACCUGUUAGGCCAAGAGAAGCGAGUGGUUGCUGUACUGGAAGGUGCACAAGGGAAAAUUCAACUAAAGGGACUUUCUCAGGUACCUGUGAAGUCGCUCUCAGAAUUCCAGAACUUAUAUUAUGGUCUCAAGAAAUCCCAGAAGCUGACCAGUGACCCUCCAGUUAGGAGUCAUAAAGGUGUGAUGAUACACGUUACCACUGGCAACGCCAAUCCAGGCUCCCUUGGGAGGAUGAACUUUCUUGAUAUGGCAGGAUAUGAGGAUUCCAGGAAACAAAAAAGUGCUCUAGCUCCUCUAGAGAUUGCCAGAAUUAAUAAGUCGAUAUAUGCUUUACAGAAUGUCAUGUAUGCUCUCAACACAAAUGAAUCCCAUGUGCCAUAUCGGGAGAGCAAACUCACUCGAAUGCUGAAAGAUUGUUUUAAAGGAUGCAACAGAACGCUGCUGAUCACAUGUUUGCCCCGGAAAUUUAGCCAAGACUCCUUUUACAUGCUAAACUUAGCAUCACGGAUCUGUCUAGGCAGUAACCGAGCCAUGAAUAAUCCUACUAAGAAGAAGAUCAACGGUCCUGAAAGAUCUAUUUCAUUAUCAUCUGCCGCUCAAAGGAGACAGACACCUUUGAAUGUGUCUGCUACUUCUAGAAAACAGACAAUGCUAAGGGGAAGUGUGACAGAGAGAAAGACUAAAAUCAACACUGCUGCUUCUGCAAUUAAAGCAAGGAAACUGUUUGGUGAAGCAAACGAUUCGGUGAAAUGUAAAAAUAGCUCUAAGAAGAUGGAAGGCAAAGCAAGAAUGGCUCUGAAAAAUGUAAUCUCCACUUCAAAGGUUGUCUCGAGCAUUCAGGCCUCUUCACCUAAAGAAGAAAUCUGUUCGUCAUUUACUGUUACAGAUUCUCAAUCUUCUUUGGUAGAAGAGGAAUAUUCUCUGGCUUUCUCAAGUUAUGCAGUAGCCAUGGAACCGGGCUAUUCAACUAGUGCAUCUUUAAGCUCAGAAGCUGUUGACAUUACAGAAAAGGAGACACCCUGGAAACAUAAGGAAAUUUUUUCAGGAGCCACUCAUUGUGAUGAUGCUUUUACAGAGAAAGCACAAAUAGUAAAGAGAGAUGAAAACAAUUCAGUCAUUGACGAUCUGGCUCUGGUUAUUAAUAAAGGUGAAAACCUGGACAAAGAGAACAACAGUUUGCUAGCCAAUGAAACUGCAUCACCACCGCUUAGCAUGCGACUUCAAGAACUAUCAAACAAUUUGAAGUCGAUAUGCAAAAUCUCAAACCAACUAUCAGUACCUGAGAAAUAUCAAAGUCCCUUAACUAUAUUACAGGCGGAAGAAGCAUCAGAGCACAGCGAUAUUACUGCUGAAGCUGCUGUCAGUGGAGAACUAAGAACACCGGAGAGAACUAUGCCUUCGAACAUUGGCUGCAGUCCUUGGAAGGCAUAUAGCGCACACAGCUCUAAAUUGAAGAACUCUGCUGUUGGAGAAUACCUCAAGUUCAUAAACACAGCUGGAAAGGAAGAUCUAAAGAAGUUAAAGGGUAUCGGCGACAAGAGAGCAGCGUACAUAGUUGAGCUCCGUGAAGAAUCUCCAUUUAAAACGGUUGAUGAUUUGAAAAGUAUCGGACUCUCAGCAAAACAGGUUAAGGGAUUGCUGAAAAAAGAAAUCGGGGAGAUUUUCGAGUAGUCCAAGGAUAUUCUCACUACGGUCACAACAAAUAGAUCUGAAGAUAUUUAUGAAGGUUUCGAGGCAACACGACAUUGCUUCUAAGAUUUCGAAGGUCUAUAUAGGAAGCUAAGUUGUUGAAUGUGUAAUUCGUGUUAUUACGAGAUCUUAAUUUGUGGUUUCAAUACUUUCAAUUGAAUUUGUGUCGUACUGUCUAAAGAUUUGGGUUAUUUCAAAGGCAAUGUGAAGUAGUAUCAAAUUUCUUUUUCA